AUGCCUCUUCCUGACCCAGAGCCAAUUUCUGAUACACAGAGCACCACAAACGGGUCCUCAGGCAUCCGUCUCCCACCCUUUUCAUUUUUGUCUCAUGACAACCAAAACCAGCCAUCUUUGGCAUCGAUACUGUCAAGUGGGCAGAGAAUGUUGGAAAGAAUGUCAAUUCCUCACACGACUGGUUCUUCGCAGGGUAAUGAUGGCCUAAUUACUGAUAGAGAGCGGAAGUUGCCCAGUCCACACGCUUUGAAUAUGUACUCCACACAACAGGAUGCUAGAAACUUAGAUGCUACGCGAGUAUCCAACUCGCAAGCAAUAGUUCUGACUACAGACCAGACUGCUCCUAAACUGAACUCGGAGUCUCCUGCUGAAAGUCAAGCCAAUAGUAAACGAGAAGAGGAAGAGGCGGCAAACGAUGCCACUCAACAGCACCGCCAUCACCAUCACCACCAUCAUCAUCACCAUCACCAUAAGAAUGCUCAGAAUCGCCAUAAUCAUCACCAUCAUCACCAUCACCAUCACCACCAUCAUCCAUCCCAUGAAGACCCUAAAAGACUGUUGUCGAGCAGUAACAAACAAAAUGACGGAACAGUCGCGUUAACGUCUUCACAGAAGUCGCCUAGUCUGGGGAUUGUAACCCUCAAACGAACUAUCGAGGAGCUUUAUCCCCGUAGACGUCACUUGGGUACAAUAAUGUACAACCCUACUACAACCUGGACCACGCUACAGAUUGAACAGUUACAUGGUUUAAAGCCGGAAGAUAAGGACUGGCUCCUUAAAUGUCAGAAACAGUAUAAUGCACGUGCAUCCCGUGAUGAUACAGUGGAAGAAGAGAUCUAUAUCCCUAUGAUCCCACCUUUGUCAGAGGCCUACGUUAACAGUUUCAUUGACGUGAAAAUUCCAUACAAAUUCAUCAAAUUGCAUAUCAACGCGCUUGCCGCCGGCAAAGUUCAACGCAGGCGAGAACUCUGGGGUGGAUCAGCCGAUAUCUAUACGGAUGACUCUGAGCUUCUUAGCGUUUUGACCCACCUAGGACUAUUUGAGAAUAAAAUGGAUCUAACUAACAUAAAUCCUCUGUGGACACCUAAAGAUGUUGUCCGUCCUCUCCUAGUUCACUAUGAUGAAGAUGGAGUAGAGCUACUAGAUUUGUCUGUCACUUUGCUUUUGUUACCUCCACUUAAGCGCUACCAUGGAUUCUAUAGAAACGGGAUCAAUUCACGCUCAUGGGAUGGAGACUCACCACACGAUGGACUCUCGUACGGCGUGUUCAGUGUGAAAUGGGAAACGUAUCAGACAUCUGCGGACGAAAGAAGUCUCUAUAAGUGGGCCCAGAAGGAAGAUAUCUUGGAUAAGGAGUUUGAGCAGGGGUUACUUAAGGCAGGUAGCGGAUGGAAAUUUGAUGUGGGUUACUAUAAACAGCUCAAAGCAAAAUUUGCAAAUCUCGAACAGAAAGGAAAGACAUAA